UAUUAAUAUAUUAUUAUUUAGAUAAAGAUGUCGACAGCAGAAGAAAAAGUAGUAUCAAUAUUGGAUGAGUUAAAAAAGAUAAUAUUAGACGAUGGUUUUUCAGUAAACUUUAGAUGGAUAUCAGAACAAUUUAAAAUACAUCCAAAUAUUUCAAAAGAAAUUUUAAAUUAUUUUUAUAAUAAAAAUAAAGAUGAAUUAUCACCAAUUUAUUUAUUAUCAGGGGUUUUAAAAGAACAAAACAAUUCAAUUACAUAUUUAUUAGCAUCAAAUGAUAGUUUGGAUAAUUCAAAGUCAAAAUUCAAAUCAUUACAUAGUGAACAUAUAUAUAGCAUUUCUAAAGGUAAAUCGUUACCAAAAGAUCCUCUUAGUGUAAUUACUCUUUCAUAUAUGGCAUUUAAAGAUAAAUAUAAGAAUAUAGUUGAAUUAGGACCAGAUUAUUUCAAUAAACAAAUACCAAUUAGUUCAACAUCAUUUAAAAAAAGAACAUUAAAAAGAUCAUUACCAAUUUCAGUUGCACCAAUUCCAUUUAGACAUCAAGCAGCAACUUCUAGCACUACUACAACAACAACAACAACUAAUAAUAUUACAGCUACACCAUCAAAGAAACCAGCUGCAUCAACUACACAAACAUUAAAUAGUUUUUUCACUACAGGUGUAUCAUCUAAAGUCGAUUUAUUUGCAAAAGCAAAGGAGGAUGUUCAAAAUAUUUCAUCAAUUACAACCAGCACACCAUCUAAAAAAGAUAGUAAAAAAGAAUUAUCACCAAGCAAAAAGAAACCAGCAGCUAAAAAAGAAAGUAAAAAAUCAGCAUCAAUCGCUAAACCAACUCCAGUACCUAAAAAGAAAAAGAAAUCAUCAGAUAGCGAGGAUGAAUCAGACAAUGACAGCGAAGAAGAACUUAGAUUACCAACCUUCAAAAGAUCUGGAUUAAGAAAUAGUAGAAACCUUGAUGAUUCUGAUGAAGAGAUGAGUAAUAGUGAUAAAGAACCUCAAAUUGUGUCAAAGAAGAGACCAUUGGAUUCUGAUGAGGAAAAAGAUGAAGAAAGUGACAAAGAAACCAAGAAAAAACAAAAGUUGGCUGAAGAAGAGAAAUUGAAGAAAGAUAAAGAGGAAAAAGAAAAGAGGGAAAAGAAGGAAAAGGAGGAAAAGUUGAAAGAGGAAAAGUUGAAAAAGGAAAAAGAGGACAAAGAAAAAAAAGAAAAAAAAGAAAAAGAAGAGAAAUUGAAAAAAGAAAAAGAAGAAAAAGAAAAGAAGGAAAAAGAAGAAAAAGAAAAAAAAGAAAAAUUAUCAAAGAAUAUACUCAUUAAAAAAGAAGAGGUUGAUGAGGAAAUGAAUGAACAAGAUAAUGAUGAGGAAGAAGAAGAGGAAGAGGAAAAACCAAAAAAAUCAAAAAAUAUUUCAAAAUCACCAUCAAAAUCCAAAUCCCCAUCUAAAGCAAAAUCACCAUCUAAAUCAUCAAAGAAAACUAAAGCAGUCAAAUCUGAAGAAGAGGAAGAGCAAGAAGAGGAAGAGCAAGAAGAGGAUAAAUCUGAAGAAGAGGAACCAAAAAAGAAAAUAACUAAAUCGCCAUCCAAAGCCAAGUCACCUGCUAAAUCUGAAGUUGCAGCUCCAGUUAUCAAACAGGCUCCAUCAUCAAAUAAAAAACAAAAAGAAGCCUCUGAAGAAAAAGUAAAAAAACCAACAGCCUCUAAAUCAAAGAAGAAACCAGCCGCCGAGCCUGAUCAAAAACAAACAAAUAUUACAUCAUUCUUUUCAAAGAAGGAAUAAUUUAAAAUAUAAUAAAUUUUUUUUUAAAUUCU